GUCGUGUAUAUAAAGAGCCGAAGCAUCUGACGAAGAAGCACAAGUAUCAACCCAUCUGCAUCCUAACCGCUUCAUCGUCGGUGUCCGUGUGACAGAGAGAUUAUGUUCACUAUCAAGGUGUUGGUGGCGGUCGUACUUUGUACGACAGGGACAUUAGGGGCACCUCAACGACCCAGUGGCGGGGCUGACAAAGAUGCGGUGAUCACGUCCCAGCAGCUCGAAGUAAACUUCGAUGGCAAUUACGUCAAUAACUUCGAGACGAGCAACGGGAUCAGCCACCAAGAAUCAGGCCAGCCUAAGCAAGUGGACAACGAGACCCCGGUGGUCUCGCAGGGUUCGGAUUCUUACACGGCGCCGGAUGGCCAACAAGUCAGCAUCACGUACAUAGCCGACGAGAAUGGCUUCCAAGUGCAAGGAUCUCACAUCCCCACGGCACCGCCGAUACCACCAGAGAUCCAAAGGGCGCUCGAGUGGAACGCGGCUCAUCCCGAGGAGGACGACGGCGGUCAACCACGACCACCUGGCCGAGGUUAAUCAGCCCAACUAUACCUCAAACGUGACCUGAUUUCGAGCCAGCCAUGGACAGAACCGACCCCGAGCCUCCGAUGCAACCAUAAAAAUAAAUAUAGCGUGGUAUAUUAAUCUAGGAUUAUACGUAACAGAAAAAAAAAUAUGGCGCGAGCCGAUCCGGUGUAUAUUAACUAUAUACUUCGAGAUUCUUUAUCAUACCUUGUAUAGAAGAAAGUAAUGCGCACUGUUCAGCAGCUUACGACAGGAUCGUGCCGAUGCGUGCACGCUGCUUUCACACGUAAAACGCG